AUGGCAGUUCCUGUUGUCGAAACGAAUAACACUAUCACCCACCCAGAGCGUGGGUGUCCGCUGCAAGUAGGCGAGGGACAACGCUUAUAUACUUGCGCGAUAGGCACAUACGUCCUCCAAGAUGAUCUUUUACUUGCGACACCACCUCCUCAUCCCUCCGAAGCACCCAUCGUCAAUCCGAACCCUCUGACAACGGUGCCAGCACCACCGACCUGCGGCGUGAAAUUAUCGCUGGUCAGCCUCGACCCGCGGAAGAAGCCUCCUACAUUCUUGAAAUCCGCUGUGACAGCGCCUCAAUUUGGUGAUGGAAACUCGGCACUUUCUGCGCCACCUGUCGCAUCGAAGGACGCUUUGAAGAGAAGGAAGCCCAAGAACAACAUCAUCAAGAGCAGCUCUUCAUUUGUGUCAAGAGUCAUCACGCACGAGACGUCUGCGAAAAGGCUGAGUGACCGCGACUCGAACGGUGUCUUCGCGUUUGCAAAUAUCAACCGAGCCUUCCAAUGGCUGGACCUGAGUUCGCCGACGAAGGAAGAGCAUCUGACGAAGGUGCUUUUCACCAAGGCGCACAUGCUCUGCCACGAUAUCAAUGAGCUCACCAAGACAUCUUCUCAUCUGGAUAUUGUGAUGGGCUCCUCCGCGGGUGAUAUUAUCUGGUAUGAGCCCAUGUCGCAAAAGUAUGCUCGGAUCAACAAAAACGGUGUGAUCAACAACUCGCCAGUUACCCAUCUCAAGUGGCUCCCUGGUUCCGAAAAUCUCUUCUUGGCAUCUCAUGCGAAUGGCGUAUUGGUUGUUUAUGAUAAAGAGAAAGAGGACGCGUUGUUCACGCCCGAGCCCAAUGUGCAUUACGAGAAAGAACCUGGGAGGCUGCCUUUGGAAAUCCUCAAAUCCGUGAAUUCAAAGAACCAAAAGACAAACCCAGUAGCAUUUUGGAAGCUGGCAAACCAGAAGGUCUCCAGCUUUUCCUUCUCUCCUGACCAAAGACAUCUAGCUGUGGUCCUCGAGGAUGGAUCACUGCGACUGAUGGAUUAUCUUAAGGAAGAGGUCUUGGACAUCUUCCGAAGCUACUAUGGUGGUCUGAUUUGUGUUUGUUGGUCUCCAGACGGCAAGUACAUCGUGACAGGCGGUCAAGAUGAUCUCUUGACUAUUUGGUCGUUCCCCGAGCGUAAAAUCGUCGCACGGUGCCAAGGCCACAACUCCUGGGUGUCGUCAGUGGCAUUCGACCCAUGGCGCUGUGACCAGAAAACCUACCGGCUGGGCAGUGUGGGCGAUGACUGCCGCCUGCUCUUGUGGGAUUUCAGUGUCGGCAUGCUCCACCGUCCCAGGGCACACCACGCCUCAACCCGCAAUCGAACGAGCAUCAUAGCACCAAGUCCACAGACCGCCACUCGCCAUCGCUCAGACAGUGGCGACGGCCGUGUGCGCUCGGACUCUAACGGAACAGAGAAUUACAACGAGGACAUUGACCAGACCACCAGUCACCCUGUGGAACCUCGGUCGCGUACAGCCAUGCUGCCUCCGAUCAUGUCCAAAAUCGUCGGCGAGGACCCUAUCUGCUGGCUUGGCUUCCAGAAGGACUGUAUCAUGACCUCCUCUCUUGAAGGCCACAUUCGAACUUGGGACCGACCCAACGAAAGCAUCGGCAAAUAG